AUGACGGAGAAGGACCCGCUAGUCUUGUGGCAGUCCCUGAAGGACCGCUUCAGCCAGCAGCUGACCAUUGUGCUCCCCAGAGCACAACAAGACUGGAUCAACCUACGCUUCCAAGACUUCAAGUCUGUGGCAGCGUACAACUCCGCAUUGCACAGGAUUGUGACCAAACUGCGUCUAUGUGGCCAGAAGAUCAUUGACGCUGAUAUGAUCGAGAAGACCUUGUCCACCUUCCAACCCCGGCAACAUUUUGUGCCUGAAGCACAUGCUAAUGUUGCUAAGAGUUCUCGCAACCGCAAAAGGAGCCGAGGAAGGGGAAAGUGGAAGGGGAAGAAGGGUGCCAUGUUCAAGGUCAAAGGAAAGGGAAAGCCCAAGGGUAGGUUCGACCCUAAGAAGGAAAGAGGUGACCACAGUGGGGAAGAGCAAGGCGAUUGCUAUAGAUGUGGAGCAAAGGGGCAUUGGUCCCGUAAUUGCCGCACCCCCAAACACCUCGUUGACCUUUACCAGCAGAGCAAAAACAAGAGUAAAGGUCAACAUGAGUCCCACUUCCUCACUGAGCCUGAAGCUCGACCUGAGAAGCACGACGACGGGGUCGUCGGUGCAAGUGGAGACGUCCGAAUGGACGAGAGUGAGGACAACCAUCUUGAUGACUUUGAUAUAUUUGGAGACCUGCAGUAA